AUGGAGAGUAUAGCGGAAGAUCUAAACAUUCCUCUGCUCCCUUCUGGAGGCGACAGCGAUGCGAUUCCUCGUACAGAGGAUCCCAAAUUUCGAAAAACGCCCUACCAAGCUGAGCAUGGAGACUCUCUUUUGGCACGAGCAAAUAUUGUGGGAAUCACUCACGGAACUAUGAACCCUGGUGGCGACCCGGCGACAUUGAUCGUCUUUGAAUUUCGAUUUCUUAGUAUGAACUCCAAACGGCGAUAUACAGACUGUCACAUUACCAUCGCCUUUGAAGACUCAGACGGCGAUGUAAACUUCUGUCCUGAGGUCUACCGAGUAUCCCCGGAUGGUCUUUUUGGAAUCCUUCCAACCCAAAGAUCACGAGAGGUAACUUUUGGUGGGAAUGCCGGAUUCCUUUUCGGGCCCUCUGUCGGGCCCUCUGCCAAUGCGGGAUUUCUGUGGGAAUUGAAGCAGACUGAGACGAUCAUCGAUAGUGCGAGGCUAUCAGGGACCCGGAAAGAGCUGGGUGACAGCGACAAGGAUGAUGCAGUAGUCUGGGCCAUGCAAGAAAACAGUAGAACCAAAAGCGGGGUUCCCACCUUUCUGCGAACAGCUGUUCUCCUUCGUCGCGAGGCUGACGUCCCGUUCAACGUAUCAAUCAAGGUGCGUGCUAACGUUGAUUUCAGCCUCGCCGACGCGGCAGCAGACCUACGUUCGCUUUUUGGGAAGAAAAGGGUUGAACGCGUGCGACCAGUCCAGAUAGAUGCCAGUGUUGAUCUAGCACAGCUGAAAGUAUCUACCCUCGACCCUAAGAAGGCUGACUUCACAAAACUGGAUGAGCUGGACCUUGAACAGAUGGCUGACCCCUUUGUUGCUGCCUCAGACUACCUGGCACUUCCCCGUGACUUCCCCGUCGUCAUCACACCAUCCGCACCUUCUUCACGCGUCCCUUUGGCAAGUCUACCAAAUGCCUCUACAGAGAGAGCUUCUGCUGAUCGAGCGAUUAUGGACUCUCCCUUCCAACUGGUCUUGAUCCACGGCAUAACGAAUGCGUCCCGGCUCGAUGAUCCUAGUAAAAUCGGUGAAAUUUUGUCGAAAAGAGUGCCAUCUGCUCGUAUCCUCGAGUUUCAUUUCCCGCGCUUUGUUCCCUCGCAAUAUUCAAGAUGGACCGGUCUCAAGGAGGAAGCUAGAGUCGUCAACAAGAGAGUCCAUGACACAUGCGAUGAAAUGUCCAACCAAGAGACCGUGGAUCCCACGGAAAUUCCCCUUAUAUUCAUGGGUCAUGGCUUUGGAGGAUUUCUUACCAAACAGAUCAUGCUAAUGGCUAAAAACGAAUCCAAAUUCCAUAUGAACUAUAUCCGAGUGAGGGGCAUCAUCUUCUUCGGAACCCCGCAUCGAGGUGUGGAUUUGCUAUCGUGGGAAAAUCAUGUUCUUCGGCUUUUAGCCUUCUCUAAGUCUACACCAGGCAGUAUAUCACACUUACUGCAAACUCUUCCCGAGCAGUUAGCGGAAGAUGCUGAAGAGUUCGCAGCGCUCUCAUGGCAAUUUCAUGUCAUGAAUAUGAUUGAGGGUCAGGGGACAGAUUAUGAUACGGUACUAGAUAGGUUUUCUGCCAGUUUUGACUCACGGGGUGGCAGGAACAUUAUUAUGUCAAAGAAGCAUUCGCAGCUAUGGGAUUUGCAGCCGGAAGAUCCUUGGUUAGAUACCAUUUUAGCAAUGCUAAAGAGUUUUGUUGGAGUAAAGACAUCCUCAGAAUAUCGAACACUGCAGAACUUUUUGAACGCAUUGUCCAAACUCGAGGCUGACACUGGGCCGCUGAGCGUCUCCGAAAUUGCCCCCGAUAGCAUCGACUGGUCGAAUGGAGACCAUGCGUAUCUGGACUGGGGCACACAGCCGCAAGUUGGCGCUUUACGAAUCUUCGGGCCUCUUGAUUCCCGUACAAUGGUCCUUAGCUCUCAUAUCUUGAAGCUAGAGUUGGAGAAAAGAUAUCAUCGUGAAACCGUACUGCUUCGUUACUUUUUCAACAAACAUGACAUCCGAAAUCAAACACAACUUGCAGCUCUAAUUUCAUUAUGUCGCCAGCUAUUGUUGUCCCGGCCAUCCCUGUUCAUCCAUGUCAAGCUGCUAUGCGACUUCAUGCACUUGAAUAAAGUGUUUACGAAGGAAUUACUGUGGGCUCUCUUCUCCUCACUUGUUUUACAUUUGACUCACGAUCAAAUCUAUUGCAUCGUAUAUAGGAUAGACGAGUGUGAGGAUGGGUCAAAUGAAAUGGCCGAAAAACUUAAUUCCUUGGCCAUAUCUGCAAAUGGUGGUCUAAAAGUCAUCAUGACAAGUAUCGAAAGUCAUCAAACAGAGAACCUCUCCUGCUGCAGCAAACGAUCAUGCCGUGAGAUCAUUGAUAAGGAAAGUAUCAGUGGGCUGACAGGAAUGCUACCAUUUGUCAAAUAUCACGUCAAUAGAGUGCUCCAACAAAAUCCUCAGUGGGCUAAAUUCGAACGUGAAAUUACCUCUGCUGUAAUUGCACCGCCAACGAGUCAUCUAUCAAUCAUGCAUAAAUUAGCUUCGCUGGAGUCGGCGAACAUCAGGUCAACCCCAGACGCCAUUUCCCAAAGGCUACAAGAGCUGGAAGACAACCAAAGUGCCUCUGCAGUGCAGCAAGGGGAAAACUGGAUUCGAAUCGCCUUUCGUUGGAUCCAAUACGCUAUACGCCCGCUUACCAGUGCCGAAUUAGCGAUUGCAGUUGCAUUUGAUGAAUUCCAAUGUCAACCCUUACAAUCUCAGUACAACACGACUGUCGAGAAAAUUAAAGCUUUCACCAAGUUAGCCUCUCGAGAUAUUGUCGGUGAUCUCCGCAAACGAGCCGGGCCUCUAGUUCAGGUAGUUGGAGGUUACGUGGUACCAGUGCAUCGAGGCUUACAAAGCCAUCUUUAUAUUUCUGCCGAGACUUCAAAGCCUCAGUUGGACCCUGAGUGUAAAAUUCUUACUACGUGCCUGGAAUAUAUGAAGUCUAUUUUUACGGAUGCAAUUUAUGAUAACACCAUUGAGAACCAAGGCUUAGAAAAGUCCCUGACUGAUUAUGCGUCUGUCUAUUGGCCGGAGCACUACAAACGAGUAUCACCAACUUGCCGAGUGCAGGCUAGUGAGGAUGUAUUUUCUUUUCUUAGUGACAAUAAAUCUUUCCCCAUCUGGGUCGACCGGUACCGCAGACAAGACAACUCUGCUUUCGAGGGAGAAUUAAUUAGCCCACGCAUCCAAGCAAUUUGUAGCCUUGGAUUCAAUGAUAUAUUGGACAUGGUACUAGGUCAGGAGCAAGGUGAAGAGCACUGGACAAAUGAUUUGCGACUUGCGCUUGAUCAGGCUGCCGCCAACGGUCACUAUGAAGUUGUGGAGAAACUUCUAGACAAUAAUGCAAUGUCUACUCGGGCAUUGCUCCUUGCAGCUGCCGGUGGUCAUUGCCGAAUUGUGAGACUCCUGCUGGAGAAAGGUUACGCAGCAACAUCAGCAGACGACAGGGGAUAUACCGCUCUUCAUCAUGCAACCUGUCGUGGACAUCGUUCCAUAGUCGAAAUUCUAGCUGAAUGGGAUAACACCAUCUUACAAGCACUUACAAAAGACGGAUCGUCGGCACUAUGCCUGGCUGCCAAUUUAGGGCAAACAGAUAUCGUCAAAUACCUGCUUGAGCACGAGGCAGACAUGUUGAUCGAGGAUUCUCGUGGGUAUGAUGCCCUUAAGCUUGCUGCAGCAGGGGGGUUCGACGAAAUUGUGAAACUUCUUCUGAAUAAAGGCUCCACCAGGUCGGACACGAUAGCACGGGAUGGAAACAUGGCGAUGCAUUUAGCAACAAAGUUCCAUCAUCCAACCACUGUGUCUUUACUGUUGCAAGUCCAGCCCGAUGCCCAAGGCCACAAAAAUAACGACCAUUUUACACCUAUUCAUAUUGCAUCAGAAGCAGGAUUCGUGGAAAUUGCACGUAGACUGUUAGACAAUCAUCCAUUGAAAAAUCAGAAUACACCUGAUCUCGAAGGUGUCAGUCAUGUCGAAGUUCAGUCAAUGAUAGAACUACCGGCCACUUAUGAGCUUACUCCAUUGCAGUUGGCGGCUAUCAAUGGGCACACUGAAAUCAUUGAAAUGCUGUUGAAUAACAUAGCGUUACUUGAACCACAAGAUUGCGAAAUUGCCUUGUUGCAAGCGACCACCAAGGGACUAAUUGAUGUUGUUGAUAAGUUGCUGCAAAACAAAGUUACAUCUAAUAUUGUGGACAACACCAAUAAUUCGCUCUUGCAUCAUGCUAUUAUGACGCAAAACGAAGAGUUGUUGGAAAUGUUAUUGGAACAUAUGUCAGACAAAAUCAACUUUCCUAACAACGAAGGCCUUACUCCUCUUCAUAAGGCAGCCGAGAUUGGGAACUUGGCUAUUGUGAAAAAGCUAGUUGGGCGCAAGGCACAGCUUGACAAAAUAAACAUACAAUCAGAGACUCCCCUUCAUUUGGCUAUACGUGGCAACUACCGUCUCGUUGCUGACGAGCUACAGGUCGGCAUGGAGGACAUAGAUCAGAAAAAUGAAGAAGAUGACACGGCUUUUUCAUUGGCAGUCAAGCAGGGACACAUUGAAAUUGUGCGUGAUUUGCUUAAGAAGAGGAUUGAUGUUGGAUUUCCUUUUCAUAUUGAGGUAGUGCUUCAACACGAAAAGGUUCUAGAAGCUCUUCUUCGUGACGGGGAGUGGGAUUGUGACCAGCCCGAUAACAAAAACCAAGGACUAGCCCCUCUCCACUUUGCUGUGAGUCUGAACUUGCUUAAGGUUGUCGAGCUUCUCCAAAAAUACGGCGCAAAUCUAAACCCAAAGGAUGAAGACGGAAAUACGCCUCUAAUUAUGGCUGCUUCACUUGGAUUUCAGGAGGUGGUGGAUUUUCUCCUUGAACAUGAUGCAGACAUUGAUUCUACUAACAACGAUGGGCUGAGUCCACUUUAUGCAGCAAGUCUACAUGAAAAAGCUGAGGUGGUCAAAAGGCUUCUGGUGAACAAGAAAAGGCCCGAAGUGAACCUAACCAACAAGAGAGGCUGGGCUCCACUGCACACAGCAAGUCGUAAAUCUUCUGAGAUCACAAAACUUCUUUUAGAUCAUGGUGCCGAGCCCAAUGUUAGGACUGACUCAUCUCACUCGACACCUCUUUCAAUGGCUGCAUUUGAGGAUGAGAGUGAUAUCGUCAGAUACCUUCUUGAAUUCAAAGCAGAUCCAAAUCUGGCAGAUACAGAUGGCGAAACAGCGGUCCACAGAGCGGUCCUUGGUGGAUGUGUCGAAAAUUUGCGAAUCCUCAUAAGCUAUGAUGCUGAAAUAAAUGUGCAGCGGAAUGACGGUAGUACCGCGUUGCACCUAGCCAUUAUAGAUAAUGAGAAUGAAAUGGUCGAUCUUCUCCUUGAAAAGGGAGUAGAUACCACCAAACACAGUGACGAAUUUGGUACAUUCUUAAUGGCAGCCGCUUCUUUGGGCAGGACUGAAAUUGCCGAUAAGUUGUUGUCCAAGGGAGUGGAUAUAAACGAGAUACAGGGACCCUUUUUCACAGCUUUGAAUAUCACUGCGUACAAUGGAAACCUUGAUGGGAUCGAAUGGCUCAUAGAGAACGAAGCUAACAUGAAUAUAUGUGGUGGACUGUGGGGCAACGCUCUUGCGGCGCUUUUAGAAGGUGAUUCUAGAGAUAUCGAUAUUUUCAAUCAUCUUCUACGAGCUGGUACCGACGUUGGUUAUAUCAACCAGCACGGGAAAUCGAUUUUGGCUAUGGCUGUGGAUAAAGAUUGGAGCGAGGUGGUUGACAGCAUCAUAAACAAGAUAAGUGAAAAGGAACGCAGAAAGGACAUGGAACAGGCGGUGCUGAGUGCCACGCAAAAGGGGCAUGUGGAGAGUUUAGCAAUCUUGCUGAACCACUCAGAGAACAUUCCAGUUACGGAUAAAUUUGGUCGGUCUUUGCUAUCUAUCGCUAUUCAUUUCAAGCAUAAGGAUGUGGUGGAAUUACUGUUAGCCCCAGGCAUUGAUAUCGACCAUACGGACCAUUUUAAUCGUACGCCGGUAUUUCACUCGGUGGCGGAACAUGGAAAGUUUCUAUCCGAACUAUUGUCUCAUGGCGCCGAUGUUAAUGCCCAGGAUUUUGAUGGAAAGACAGCACUCGUUCGUGCAUGCAUGCUUAAUACCAGCCCGUGUGUAGAAGCUUUGCUCGAAGCUAAAGCCAAAACGGCCGUUGUAGACUGUCGUGGACGUGGAGCACUUUACUGGGCCUGUCGUCAAUCCUCCCUCCAAAUAUUUGACAAGAUUGCUACAGCAUUAAGGGAAGAAGACAGAGAAGCCUUCUUGCAACAAGCGGAAAUUGCACUAUGUGCUGCAAUUGCGAGUGAUCGAACAUCAUUCCUCGAAGCUCUCCUACGGGAUGUGAAGUCCAUGCCAUUCAAUGAUAAUGGUGACUGGUCACCAGUCUAUACCGCAAACCGCUAUGGACGACUUGAUAUCUCAGAGAGACUGAUAAAAUGUGGUUUCCCUGAGCCCAAUCUUGUCGAGCAUCAUGUUCAGCUUCCAUCAGCCUGGUCAAGCAAAGACAAAACCCCUUGUAUUAAAGUGGAUUCCGCCACGCAAAUUAUCGAAAUUGAACAUGGUCUUAUGACACCGGGCCAUUUUAUGGAGGACGAAACCAUAGCAACGAUCAGAGCAGAUUGUCCUAUGGCUCCAGUACCUGGUCACGACUAUUGUUACUUUGAAGUCACAAUAGAAAGAGGAUCCCCAAUUGCAGAAACAUUCGGGGUAGGCUUCUGCGAAGAACAGACACCACUGAAUCUUAUGGUUGGCUGGGACGACCAUUCCUGGGGAUAUCAUGGGGAUGACGGCAAAUCGUUUUUCAAUUCAUCCGGCAGUGCCUUUGGAGAGACAUAUACCGUGAAGGAUGUAAUCGGAUGUGGUAUCAAUUUCAAGGAGGAAGCCGCAUUUUUCACCAAGAAUGGAAAUAUAAUAGGACUGGCAUUCCAAAAAAUCAAAGGAAAAUUAUAUCCUGCUGUAAGCAUGGAUCAGAGGAUGAUAGGGGCUCAAAUGUCGGUCAACUUUUGGAAAGAAGACGGUCCCAAUGAUUUUGUCUAUAAAGGCAGGUUGGAUGACCCAGAUACCCUAAAGCCAUCAAAUAUGUAUCGGAAUUCUGCUGGAUAUGAUGAAAAUACAGAAGAAACUAACAUGCCAUGGGAUUUAUUUCAACAAAAUGACGACAUUGUCCUUGAGGAGAGAGAUUCUGACUGA